CCCCAGAAGUGCGUUAACCAAAAUGGAGGUUGGAUUUUUUUCCAGAUUACUUGUUGUUGACAACAAUACUAAUAUGAUGAUAAUAGUAAUAUGAUACACAAAUCACAAGACACAUUACACCUUAUUCUUAGUACCGUCUAUCACGUUGAGCAAUGCGCCGUUAGUUUUAAAUUAUUAAGCUUUAAGUUUUAACCACCAACGUUGAUGUGUGGGCUCACUGAGCUAGUACUAUAAAUUGAUUACCUAUUCUGCAAUUGUUCAGUGAUUUGAAAAAUAAAUUCACAAAUACGUUAAAUGCUUUCUUAACAAACCUUCGGACGAAUAUUUUAUAACAAUUAUUUGGUAAGACUUCGAGUUGGACGAAACAAUCCUUUGGAAUCUCGAUGGCAGAUCUAAAGGAAAUUCAUGAAUGGUGGGAGAUACCAAGCAUAGUACAUCUUUGUAACACUCUAAGUUUGUGUUGCAAAGAUAUAAGUCCUCUGUCUAUAGAAAAAUUUGAAGAAGGUAUUUUCAAUAACACUAGUUUGCUAAUGAACAUGGCUAUACGAUUUGUGAAAGUAUGUGGUUUUUAUGAAUCGAUUUCAGAUAAUUGGUGGUAUUUUAUGAAAACCUUGUUCAAAAACCAUUGUUCAGUGUAUGGUUUUGAAGAUCCACUUGCAACAGCUACAUGUUUCGAUGAUUUGUUGACUAAAGAAAAAGUUAAAACAUUGUAUAUACUUGGUCAUUUGGUUUUGGAUGUUGAAGAUUUACAAGAAAAAUUAGAAAAUAAACCAGAAAUAUUGAGUAAACUGAAUGUGAAACCACUGGGUUACGAUCUAAACAAAUCAGUAUAUUGGUAUUUUGGUGGUACAAGAUUAUAUAGGGAAGACUUUGAUAAUAUUGAGGAUCUUUCAGUUGACGUAUUAGAAUUGCUCAAUCUUGAGCUAAAUGAAACUAUUUCCACAACAGUUAUUAAUGAGCCAAAUGAAACAAUAUCCUGUUUGAAUAAUCAUUUUGAAGAUACUGAGCAACCUGGCCAUUCUCACUUGCAAAAAAAAGUCCAAAGAGUUUUUCAAAAUGACCCAUAUCCAUCUUCAAUAUUGGGUCCUGGAAAGUGGAAAUUAAUAUGUGAUGAUAAGGAUAGUUGGCAUUUUCUGUCAGAUAAAACAAGAUACAGCCGUAAUAUUAACAUUAAAAUGCUGCACAAAUGUGUUUGUCAAAUUAUCGAAAAAUAUAAUAUUCAUAAAAGAGAUAAACCUAAAUACCAUUAUAUAACUCACUCCAGUCAAAUUUUAAAGCGUUUAAGAUCAUUUGAAAUUAACAAAAAGUCUUUACACGAAAAGACUAGGAAAAGACUAGAAAAAUACGACACUAAUAAUGUAUUCAAAGAUGAACCUGCCAUAGAAGAAAAAAAAUUGACUUCAAAUUUACAAUUAGAUCUGAAGCCAGUAGUAGUACUGGUUGACAUUUAUAAAAAUACAAGUAGCUCUAACCGCUUAGUUAACAAAAGAAUGGUCCAGAUGCAAGAAGCUGUUAACAAUCAAACAUCAAUUUCGAAUGUACAAAAAAAAUCCUCCAGUCCAUUAAAAACAAUAGCAAAUAAACCCAAUACUGAACUAUCAAAACUUCAAGAUAUGGACACCAAUCAACUCCUGCAACGAUCCAGUAAUAAUAAACCUAAUGUUGGACUGGAUUUAAUUAAGGUAAGACAAGACUGUCUGCAAAGAGUAGUCAGAGUCAUUAUAGAACGCUAUGACCAAGAAAAUAUGCACAAUACUUAUUACAUUGAAAGUAAUAACCAUAAGCGUUUACGAACAUCAACUCGAUUAGGGACGGAGACGAAACAUCUUCCACUAAAAGAUUUCUCAUGUGAUGGUCCUAUUUAAUUUUGUUUAAAUUACUUUUAUAGUCACAGUGUAUUUUUUUUUGUGUGUACAUAAACAACAUUUGGGAAUAUAUACUAUAAUAAUUUUAAUACUUGUAAAAUGUUAGUAUC